AAUCCCCACUUCUCUACACAUACUGCACAUAUUCACAUUCAUAAAUCACCAAAGCCACAACUUUUAAAUAGCCUGUUAUUACUGGAGCUAGAAAAAACCCAGAUUAAUUAAUAAUAUGUCUUCUAUUAUACCUUUUGUUUAGAACACUACAUUCUCUCCACCCUUCUAUUUUAGGGAUGCACGUUUAAAAAAAAAGUUUUUUGGAUGAGCUGUUUUUCUGCGUAGUUGUAUCCAGCCAAUAGCAGCACAAGAACAGGGUUUUCUUGGCAAUAUAUGAAUCGGUUCUUUCACAGGAGUUGAUGCACAGAGCUCACAAUUUCAAACGUGGGUUAAACUUUAUAUGGGGAUCCAAAGCCUGCAGAAGAAAAUGCCUGAAACUGACAACUCCAAGGACAGCAGGAGAAGCAGCAAGUACAGUGCGAUAGCCAUGCAGGAAGACAGAAGCUGUUUGGGCAAGCUGAAAUUAAGGAACAGCCUGGCGAAGGAAACUCUGUCUGAGUUUUUUGGCACAUGUUUGUUGAUUACUUUAGGCUGCUCCUGUGUAGCAUCUUCUGUUCUCAGUGAAGGAAAGGCUGGAGGAUUUUUGACUAAUAAUCUUGGCUUUGCAAUGGCAGUCACAAUGGCAAUCUAUGCUACUGGAGGAGUGUCUGGUGGGCACAUUAAUCCUGCAGUUUCAUUAGCCAUGUCUUUAACUGGAAGACUAGAUUGGGUCAAGCUCCCUUUUUAUGUGACUGCACAGUUUUUGGGCGCCAUCACUGGGUCUGCUUUAGUUUUUGGUGUUUAUCAUGAUGCAUUAAUCAAGUACACUGGUGGAGUUUUUACAAUAGAUGGUCCAAAUGCCACAGCUCAUAUUUUUGCAACCUAUCCUGCUCCAUAUCUGUCAACAAUAAAUGGACUUGCAGAUCAAAUACUGUCUACUGCACUUCUGCUCAUAAUGGUAUUUGCCAUAUUUGACAAGAAAAAUCUUGCAGCCCCCAAGGGCCUGGAGCCAGUUGCAGUUGGCCUUCUCAUUCUGCUUCUAGGGCUAUGUCUGGGAAUGAAUUGUGGAGGUGCUAUGAACCCGGCUAGAGACUUAGGGCCACGCAUCUUUACAGCGGUGGCUGGCUGGGGUUAUGAAGUUUUCACAGCUGGAAAUAACUUUUGGUGGAUUCCUGUGGUUGGACCAAUGGCUGGAGGAGCACUUGGAGCUUACAUAUACAUCCUCUGCAUUGAAGCUCAUCACCACAAUGGACAAGAUAACAUAAAUAACGAUGUUAACACUGAUCACUAUGAAAAGCAUGAACUUGCCAAUAUGGCAUAAUCUACUUCAGAUAUUGUUUGAACUGAGCUCAGGGAAUGGUGGGAUUACAAAUGGCAAACAGCACAAACCAACAUUGCCUCAAUUCCCACCAAAGACAGUUUCUACAUGCAGUUUGUACAUGUUUGCAUCAUGUCCUCAUGGUGCAUUGGUUUUCUGUUUUGGAAUCCACAAUUCCAAAACAUACUGGCACGGUAAAUGUCUUCCACCCAGAUUGGUGUGCGUUUGUGUAGGAACACUAUGCUGUAAGCUCUCGGUGGGGAGGGACUGAUGUGAAUGGUUUAAUGUUAUCUUCAAAGGACUGGAUAAAAAAGAAUGUGUCAGAGCUAUAUUAAUUAGUUUAGUAAAUAAGUAGCCUCUCAUAUUAAAUUGGGCAUAUUGUGACUGAUAUGUGAUAUACCUAAUUACUUGCAUUAAAACUUGAAAUAAAAUAAAAAACUAAAUAUUUUUUAAGGCAA